AGGCAUUACCCAUCACUUUAAAUACUGUUGCUUUUAUUUCAACUGGCCCACUGUGACAACUAGAAAAGCUCCUGUGACAAAAUUCAAGAAAAUCUGGUAUAAAUGAGUAACAACUCGACAUGCAUCCAGCCCUCCAUGGUUUCUACCACAGCUUUACCCAUCACUUACAUGUUUUUGUGUGUUGUUGGUCUCUUUGGAAACUCACUUGCUCAAUGGGUAUUUUUAACAAAAAUAGGUAAGAAAACAUCAACACAUGUCUACCUGACAAACCUUGUGACUGCAAACUUACUUGUGUGCACAGCCAUGCCUUUCAUGGGUACCUAUUUCUUGAAGGGUUUCUAUUGGAAAUAUCAGUCUGUACAAUGCAGACUGGUCAAUUUUUUGGGAACCCUAUCUAUGCAUGUAAGCAUGUUUGUCAGCCUCUUAAUUUUAAGCUGGAUUGCCAUAAGCCGCUAUGCCACCUUAAUGAAAAAGGAAUCCUUGCAAGAGGCCACCUCAUGCUACGAGAGAAUGUUCUAUGGUCACUUACUAAAAAGAUUUCGCCAGCCCAACUUUGCCAGAAAAAUGUGUACUUACAUAUGGGGAGUUGUGCUGGUCAUAAUUAUUCCCAUUAUCCUAUACUACUCAGUUGUAGAGGCUACAGAAGAAGGAGAAGGACAGUGCUACAAUCGGCAGAUGGAACUGGGAGCCAGCAUCUCUCAGACUGCGGGUCUCAUUGGAACCACGUUUAUUGGAUUCUCAUUUUUAGUAGUAGUGACAUCAUAUUAUUCUUUUGUCAGCCAUCUGAGAAGAGUAAGGACCUGUACCUCCAUUACAGAGAGAGAUUUGACCUACAGAUCUGUGAAAAAACAUCUUUUGAUCAUUCAAGUCCUCUUAGUUGUUUGCUUUCUUCCAUAUAGUAUUUUUAAACCCAUUUUUUAUGUUCUGCACAAGAGAGGAGACUGUCAGCAGCUGAAUUAUUUAAUAGAAGCAAAAAAUAUCCUCACUUGUCUUGCAUCAGCCAGAAGUAGUACAGAUCCCAUUAUAUUUCUUUUAUUAGAUAAAACAUUCAAGAAGACACUAUAUAACGUCUUUACAAAAUCUUAAUUCAUCACAUAUGGUUGGCUUUUGCAUGGAAACCACCACAAAAGAGAAAAGUAUUUAUGUGACUCUAUUAGUGACAUUAAAUUAAAUGAUGAACAUGUCAUAGCUUGGCUGACAAUGGGCACCAAGGAAUUUUUUUUAGUUUUAUAAACAAAUACAGGCAUAAAAUUGGACUU